CUCUUACCAUUUUCUUCGACCCUGUCAGGGUUUAAGCGCCUUCGAUAACCGUUUGGAGCGCACGCAACGCAAGCAACUGCGGGAAGGAGGAGGAGACAGGAGAGAGAGAUGGACGGCGGCGGCGAGGACGGCAUCGAUCCCGCAUGCGGAGAGGCGAUGGACCUCGACAUGGCCCUCGAUCUCAACUUCUCCCACGGCGCCGCCAAGCCCGCCCCGCGAUCCCGCUUCCAACCCAAGAUGAAGGGCAAGGUCAAGAACGAGCCUCCGAUCCGGAUUAAGCCCGAUCCCGACACCAAACCUUCCUCUCAUCCCGCUUCUUGUCCAGACCCCGUCAAGGAGGAGCCUGGAGUUGACCCCUCGUCGUCCCGCCCGGACGCAGAGGACGCAGAGAGCGGUGCGAUGGAUGUUGAUGGAGGUUUCGAGGAGGAAGUGGAAGAGGAUGAUACAGUGGUUCGCGAGAUCGACGUCUUCUGUUCUCCAACUCCUCUCGAUGAGGAUACCUAUCUAUAUAUUUUGCAAUAUGUACUUAGACCUUCUUGGAGACCAUAUGAACUGAAUGAAAGAUGUGACAAGACAUUGUCUUCAUCAAAAACACCUUUAGUAGCUACUUAUGCUGUCGGGAUGUUGAAUGGAAACCAGUUGCACUUAAAUCCUGUACAUGCAGUUGUCCAACUCCGCCCAUCAAUAGCAUACUUAAAUCCUAAGAUGAAACAAAAUGUGCAGAGUGCGGAAUCAAGUGCAAAAUCUGACAUCAAUGCUGUAGGUUUACCAAUCAAGCAGGAAAAGUUGGGCCAGGCAGGUUCGAAUGAUGGUGGAGAAAUAGAAGAGCCAUGGAUAUCUCUAGAAUAUCAUCCAAUUGAUAGCCACUUUACAGAUAGAUAUCAUCAGAAAAUGAUUGCAGAAGAUCAUCAUCAAAUUCCAUUUAUGAUUAAACCAUCUGAUUAUAUCAACUCAUUGUACCCUGGAACAUCAACAGGUCUUUCUUCAUUGCACUUGCUCUCACUCCCCUUGGAAAAGCGGUUGAAGAAAUGGUUUUCUGAGGUUUGCCAGGUGAAUAAUUUUAAUGCACUCUUGGAUCUUGCUCCAGAUAGUUCGAAAGAAGAUGUUCUGAAAGUGCUGCCACAUUAUGCAGAUUUGGUACAGGGAUUGUGGGUUACAAAGAGCUCAUUGUUACAUGAAGGCGAAGCUGCUCUUUAUAGAGAUUAUCUUCUUUAUUUAUUCAGUAUGAAUCCCAUAAUUCAAACAGACAGAUUGAGGAUGUUAACGUCAAAGUGCACUGGCCUGAAAUCUAUACUCAUUCCAUUGGCUGUUGAAAGGCGCAUCCUCAAGCACUGGAAAUUCAUAAAGUCUACUGACAUUGUAUUUAUUAGAAACAAUCCAAAAAUUGUGGAUGAUCAGGAAAAGGCUUGGUUGGCAUGCUGGAAUAACAUAAAAAAGUCUGUAGGAGAAAAGAUGCAUGUCCCUGUUCCAAGUGGUAAAAGAGUUAAAAUAGCCGAUGAUGUACAUGAAAGCAAAGAUAAGGCAGUGAACACAGCAGUGUCAUCACUGUCAAGUGAAACACAGGAGCAUCUUCUAAAGAUUCUCCAGAAAUUUUUCAAGGAUAAAAAAAUUCGUAGUAUAAACUCAGUAGUCAAUGAAUUGAGGGGCUUGGCAAUCAGCAACUCUUCUCGUCCAAGAGAAGACCCUAAAAUUAGAGCGAUUAUUAAUGCUGCUGCCAACGGUGCAUCUGCUCCUAUAUCUGAGCUCCAGUCCAUUGUGUCUCAAAUCGCUGUGGAUGUACAUGGCACAUAUGUUCUGAAAUCUACAGGGAGUUCGGAUCUUGAUAGAUUGAGAGAUGUUGUCAUUGAUCUUUUCAGGGGCAAAGAACCUAAGGCAAAGCUCAAUAAGCAGGAGGUUCGCAUGGCUGCUAAAGCUCGUCUCCAGAAGGAUAUUAAUGAUUCUGACUAUAAUCAGGUAAUGCGUGAUUUGUGUGAUUCUAACAAAGGAUCGUGGGCACUUAAAAGUGGAGACUAGUAAUUGGCUCGGAUGUGGAUAAAUUUGCAAACUGACUUGUUUUUGAGUCUCAAAUGUUAACUAUAUAUCACUAGAGGCAAACAUUGUUCUUGUUUUCUAUCGGCCAAGAGGACAACUACUACCAUUAUGAGUUUGAACGAUCGAGGUUCAAUAUUUUCACUUCGCAGCACAUCUAACCUUUUUCUGAGUUCUCCUAUUGACUAGUGACUGGAAGCUUGAUUGGCAUUACGUACAUUUUUAAAUUUUUAUUUAGUACAUCAAAUUUUGGUUAAUUGUGUUAUAUUUAAGAAAAAAAAUUCUAUCAACGCAUUAGUAUACAGUUUUUUUCCCUAA